CACUAAACAAAAAAAAGAAAAUAUACCAUCAAAUCAUCAAGCAAGACGACAACGACGGCGACGACGUCGUCGGUGCUCAAUCCCAAAAAAAAAAAUUUUUUUUUUUUUUUUUAUGCCUAUCAUCAUUGAAAUCUUUUUUUUUCAACAAACGAAAAUAUAACAACGAGAAAAAAUUCCCCUUCUUUUUUUCUUUAUUCUACUACACACACAUACACACACCCCCAUUCUUGUAAGAAGAAUUCCAAAAUCUCAUCUCUAUUGUGUAUUGCUCAAUCUUAAUUCUAUCCUAAAUCGUUUCAAUAUUUGUUUGUUUGUAUCGAUGGUCCGAUGACUAGAUUUUGUUGGCCAUUUUGUGUGUCUGUUUUUGUUUUGUUUUGUUUUUUUUUGUUGAAAAGUUUCAUUGUGUGAAUGGCCAUCGUUUGGUAUGAAGAAAGAAAAUAUGUCUCUUCUUGGUGAUCAUGGUCUAAUCAACUUUAUUCGUCAUCUUAAUUAUUUUCCUCAAAUAGACCUUGAGAAAUUUAUCGAAUAAUCAGCAGAAGCAACAAUAACAAGCUAAAAUUCUUCGAUGGUGUGAUGACACCCACACACACACACACACACAAACAAAACGACAACAUUGAAUGAGCUGUUUUUUUCUUGAAAAUAUGUUUGGGACUUUUUUUGUUUGAUGAUUCUUCUGAUUGACAAAACCAUCACGAUGACCAUGUCAUAGUUUUAAAUCUGUAUUCAAUUUUUCUCAUGAAGAUUUAAAUUUUUCUUCAGAAAACAAAAACUUAAAGAGAUAACAAUAAUCGACGAUUAAAUGAGCAAAAACAUUUUUCGUUUGACCAGACCAGAUUUCGAUUAUAUUAUCCUGAUCACAUAUUCAUUCAACCAAAAAAAAGUGUUGAUGAUCUUUAAAAAGAUUUUUAGAAACUAUAAACUAUUGUCAUUUUCUAAUUUAAAAUAAAAAUAAAAAUAAUCGACACAAUGCCAACACAUUUCAGAAUCGGUCAUCUAAAGGAUCCAGAAAUUGCACAAUAUUUUGAUAAAGAGGAUCCAGAAAAAAUUUUCACCGAUUUACGUGAAAUUGGACAUGGAAGUUUUGGUGCCGUCUAUUAUGCUCGAAAUGUCGUUACAAAAGAAGUGGUUGCCAUUAAAAAAAUGUCCUUCACGGGCAAACAAUCAACAGAGAAAUGGCAAGAUAUCCUAAAAGAAGUGAAAUUCCUAAAAACCUUAAAAAAUCGUAAUACAAUCGAUUAUAAAGGAUGCUAUCUAAAAGAUCAGACGGCAUGGUUAGUGAUGGAAUAUUGUCUUGGAUCAGCAUCCGACAUUAUUGAAGUGCACAAAAAACCAUUGAGAGAGGAAGAAAUAUCUGCUAUUUGUCAUGAUUCACUAAAAGGCCUGGAAUAUUUACAUUCACAAUGUCGUAUACAUCGUGAUGUAAAAGCUGGCAACAUUUUAUUGACCGAAAAUGGCACAGUCAAAUUAGCCGAUUUCGGUUCAGCAUCGAUAAUAUCGCCAGCCAAUUCAUUUGUUGGUACGCCAUAUUGGAUGGCACCAGAAGUUAUUCUAGCCAUGGAUGAAGGUCAAUAUGAUGGUAAAGUAGAUGUUUGGUCAUUGGGCAUAACCUGUAUAGAAAUGGCCGAACGAAAACCACCUUAUUUUAAUAUGAAUGCUAUGAGUGCCUUAUAUCAUAUUGCCCAAAAUGAUUCACCUACAAUAAGUCAUGUCGGAAAUACGGAUUGGUCGGAUUUAUUUCGAAAUUUUGUUAAUUCCUGUCUAAAAAAGAAUCCCAAUGAACGGCCAACAUCCAGUGCAAUGUUGAAGCAUUCAUUUAUAACGAGACCACGUUCACACACAGUAAUCAUGGAUUUGAUUAAUCGAACAAAGACAGCUGUACGAGAAUUAGAUAAUCUUAAUUAUCGUAAAAUGAAAAAAAUAUUAAUGGCAGAUAAUCGCGAUUCUGAUCUUCAAAGUCAAAGUUCUCAGAUUGAUUAUGAAAGUGAUAUAAACGAAGAAGUCAUACAACAUAAUAGCCGCAAUAAUGGUAACAACAACAAUAAUAAUAAUCGCAAUAAAGCCGGCAAUAGCAAUAUGAACCAUUAUCCUCAUCAUCACCAACAACAACAUCAACAACAUUCAUAUUACCAGAAUCAUCAACAAUACCAUGGAUCCAAGAAUCAAUCUGCGCAACAACAACAACAUCAACAGCCAAAUUAUCAAAAUCAACAACCAUUAUAUGGAAAUAUUGUGAAUAAUUAUAAUAAUAAUGGUAAAAGUAAUAGUGUGGCAAGCUAUAAUAGCCGACAAAGUACCAGCCAGGUUAGCAUCUGUAGUCAAAGUAGCAGUACCAGUAGCAUACCUGCUGCCAAUAAUUGUGUCACUGAUAUCGAUGCUUAUCGUAAUCCAAUGUCGAUCCGACGUGAAAGUACAAGUUCGAGCACCGGUGCUGGUGGUAUACCAAAUCAAGCAAAUCGAAUCAGUCCUUCGAAUUCUUCUGCCAGUAUAAAUAGCACAGAAUUGGGUGCCAAUAAUUUUGCCACAUUGCGUACUACUUCGAUUGUCACUAGGCAAUUAAAGGAACAUGCUCGUGAUAAUCAACUACAAGAACAAAUGUCCGGUUAUAAACGGAUGCGUCGCCAACAUCAGAAAGCAAUCAUGCAGCUAGAAGAUAAAUGUCGACAAGAAUUCGAAGAACAACAACAACGAUUAGACAAAGAAUAUGAUGCACUAUUACAGCAAUUUAAAAAAGAUUUGGAGAAACAAAUCACCAAACAGCAGCAAGAACUAGAUAAAAAGUUAAAAGUAAAUGCAACACAACAACGUAAGAUAAGCAAAUCGAUGACAAAUACACAAAAAGACGAAUUUAGUCGUGCACAAAUACAACAAAAACGUGAAUUUAAAUGUAUCAAAGAUAGACUGAAACGUGAAUAUCCACAUGACGAAUAUAAAGUGCGAUUAGAACAAGUGCAAAAAGAACAACAUCUUAAAUUACAAAAACUACAACAACAGAAUGAAGAAUAUUAUAAUUUGGAGAUACGAAAAUUUCGUCGCCGUAAACUAAUACUUUAUCAUCAAUUAGAAAGGGAUAUGUUACGCGAUGAGCUUAACAAACGACAAGGUCAAUUGGAACAAGCGCACGAUAUGUUGAUGCAACAUCAUGAUAUAUUCCAAGAUCUUCAAUAUCAACAACAAAAAGCUAUCCAUCAAUUACGUGAGGAACAGAUUCGUAAUCAGCAUUCGAUCGAAUUGGCCAAUCAACAAGAAUAUAUUGAUCGAAGAUUAAAAGAAUUACGUAAAAAACAUGCCAUGGAAGUGAAGCAACAGCCAAAAAGUCUUAAACAAAAAGAAUUACAGAUAAGGAAACAAUUCCGUGAAACGUGUAAAACACAAACACUUCAGUACAAAGCCUGGAAAGAACAAAUAUUGAGUUCGACACCUAAAGAUGAACAGAAAAAUGUCAUUAAAAAAUUGAAAGAAGAACAAGUUCGAAAGCUACAAAUUUUAGGUGAACAAUAUGAACAAAGUAUAUCAGAUAUGCUUCAAACACAAUCGAUACGAUUGGAUGAAGCACAAGAACAAGAUCAAAAUGAACUGAGAAAUCAGCUUGAUCAAGAGCUUGAAUCAUUGAGAGCUUUUCAAAGCAAAAUUCGAUCAAAUGCUGAAGCACAACGUGCCAAAGAACGUAGUGAACUUGAAGAAAGAGUCAGAAUCGAUAAAUUGAAAUUGGAGAAAAAGAUGGAAGAUGAACGUCAACAAUUUCAGAAUGAACGAAAUGAACGUAAACGUUUGUUACUUGAACGUCAAGCACAGGAAAUUGAAAAAUUUGAUUUGGAAAGCACACAAAUGGGCUUCAAUGCAUUGGCCAUUGCCGAUGCAUCUACUGAACCAUAUCCACAAUUAUUGGAUAAUGAUGAUUCUGCCAGUGUUAGCGGCAGUUUAUUAUCGCUUGCUCAUAGUAAUAGCGCAACGUCUUUCACUCAUACUGCCCUAUAGCCUCCAACUUUUUUUUUGGAAACCCAUCAUCAUCAUCAUCAUCAUCAUUUUGCCAAAUAUAACAAAAAUUCACGAUUCUAAAUUGAAUAUGGCCAUUCAUCUAAUUAUGGCCACUGUUUUAUAAUGCUCAAAGCACAAAAAAAAUUCCAUUUCUUUUCAAACAUUUGUCUUCAUCAUUAUCACAAUGGGUGAAUUAAUUAAAUAGAUUCAAAUGGGUGGUGAUUUUUUUUACAUUUGUUGUAUUAUUAUUAUUUAUAAAUUAUGUGGAAAAAAUUUUUACUUUACAUACCAGCUGAUGAUAAAAACUCAUCAAACCUCAGAAAUUGGAUGAAUAUGAAUCAAUUGUAAUAUAUAAAAUAUUUAUAUUCAAUGUUUGUAUAGAAAACAUACACAUCCACACACACGGAAAAGAUGUUACACUUUAUUUUGUUCUUGUUUUUUUUGAUUGAUUGAUUGAUUGAUCUCUCUCUCUCUCACACGUUUUGUCAUUAUUGAUUGAUUG